CCACGGGGCGGGACCGGAGGCGGGGCCCGUGGCGCAGCAGGACCAUGGCCGGCGUGGUGGGCAGGCUGCGGACCGUGGGGAGCUGUGCAGCGAGUGCAGAGCUGAGGUGGAACCAGACCAGGGUGUUCUCCUCUUGGCUGAAAAAAUGGUUUCCAAGAAAGAAGCCUCUGAUUGCUCAGAAAACACCCAUCAAAGUGUCCUUGAAGACAGGGAAAACCUAUAAAUGGUGUGUGUGUGGCCGAAGUAAGAACCAGCCCUACUGUGAUGGCUCCCACCUCUUCCAGGGAACGGGCCUGUUCCCCCUCAGGUUCAAAGUUGAAGAAGACCGUUCAGCUUUUCUUUGCACCUGCAAGGCAACCUCGAAGCCCCCGUAUUGUGAUGGCACUCACAAGAGUGAACGGAUACAGAAUGCCCAAGUGGGUUCCCCGCUCUGACCAGCGUGCCUUGGGUUUGGGUUGGCAGUGUCUCCUCUAACAUGAGGACCUCCCUUCCAGGCGCUUUGGAGGGCUUGACUGCCAUCCUACUAGGAGAUCCUCCCAAGACCCUUCUGUUCCUCCACACAAGACUCAGCCCGAGUCUCCUCUAUAGGUGGGAGUCUUUUGGUGUUUUCCCUGGAUUUGUCUCUUGACCUAUAGAGUAUAAAGGUCCAUGGUCCCUUCCCCCCACAGAACCCAGGAGCAUGUAUUCAUCCCCGUCUGGUGCCAUUAAAUAUACCUAGUAAUGGUUUUUUUUCUCAA